AUGUACAUUGGUAUGAAGCAAGAUACGCGAGCUAAGGAGACGACCACGGAAGAAGCGCGCCAUGUUAAUAGUGUCUCGGAGAUUGCGCAGUCAACUAACGGCACGAGGAGUUUCCAAGGCACUAUAUCGAAGACUAGGGUAUACGGUAAUGGACAUUGGAUGACUCUAUUCGCAAUGGUAGAGGACCUUUCCAUUCUGGAACCAGUCGGUGAGGUUUACGGCAAGGUGUUUCAACGCUCCAACUAUGAUCCCACAGACGACAUUGCAAAAGCAUUUAACAAUUGUAAGCAGCUUGCUCGGGAUCUCAAAAGACAACGUCCGAGCCGGAGACGUCUGCCUGCUGCUAUUUAUCUGUCCUUCCCCGACCCUCAAGUGAUGGAAGAACUGAUUCGACUGUAUUUCAAUAUGUUUGAGUCCUGUUAUCGUAUAAUCUAUCAACCCUCUUUCAUAAUGGAAUACAGGCGUUGUGUGAAUCAGCUGGAGAUUGCAGAUAGCUCCUUUCUGCUGCAACUCAUUCUCGUUAUGACUGCGGCAGGCCGAUUGCAUGGCGAUAUCACUAUUCGCAACGACAUCGCCGCGAAGGCCCAAACCUGGAUCCAUAUUGCUCAAACAUGGAUUUCUGCACCCCUGGAAAAAGAUCGUCUCACUCUGAAGAGUAUUCAAGUGCAAUGUCUGCUACUUCUUUGCCGUCAAAUAUACCAAGUAGGGGCGGAUCUCGUAUGGAUCUCUGCAGGCUCCCUCAUAAGGAUGGCUAUGCACAUGGGACUGCAUCAGGAUCCCAAUAACCUGGAAGAUAUGAAUGAACUGCAGAAGCAGAUUCGGAGACGGCUGUGGUAUACAAUUUUAGAGAUGAAUGUGCAAGCAGCGUUGGAUUCCGGGAUGUCACCAAUGAUCCGGGAUGCAGACUACAAUACCCAACCACCGUCCGAUGCUAGUGAUAGCCAUCUACUGCAAGUGGCGAAACAGCAGCAGCGGCCGCAUCAAGAGGAAGGAGGAGAAGAAGAAACUGAAGCAGACGAACUUCACGAAGGUUCUACUCGGAGCUCCUUGCAGGCUAUCCUAGUAAAAUCCCUCCCCCUUAGGCUGGAAGUGACCAGGAUCAUAAACAGCUUACAGGAGGAACCUACAUACGAGCAUAUCCUGACCAUUGGAAAUAAGUUAGCAUUCGCCUGUGGCGAAGUCGUUGCUAUGUUUGAUCAAGCUGCCUCUACAAUAGUUGACUUGCCUGCGAGGAGGUUUGCGCAGAGCUAUUGUAUCCAUUUGAUACGUCGUUUCCCUCUGUGUCUUCACUUUCGGUACGCCGUCAAAUCUAGGAAGAACUUCCUUUAUAGCCACUCGCAAAAGGUGUCUCUGGAAGCUGCACUCGACAUAAUUUCUCUCUUAGAUGACCACGUUUAUGGUCGUUUACUUCUUUCCGGUAGCGGCAUGUUUCGCGACAUCGUUACUCGAGUGGCAGUGCUUAUUUUUCUAGAGCUGUGUCCAGACCCUGAAGCGGAAGUGUCCAAUGCUGCCAAAAGAAGAUACCGAGAACGACAGACUCUUCUUCUGCAAGAUGCUCAACGCCUAGUACGAUAUGCUGAAGAUAGAAUUCGAGAGGGAGAAACUAGUGUGAAAACUUAUGUGUUCCUUCGGCUAAUGAUGGCACAAGCUGAAGCACGUUUUAACGGCUCCUCCCUUACAGAAUCCAAUACAACAAAGGUGUUAAAACAUGCGCUGGACAAAUGUGAAAAGAUGCUGAAUGAUCGAUUGGCGGCAACGAAGAUCAACGACCAUGAGGCCGAUUCCGGUCAUUUUCUGGAAACGUGGACACUCAACGGAAUGAGCGCUUCACAUUCUGAAUUUGAGAUCGAAAAUUUCAACGAAAUUGACUUUGACUUUUUGAGUGAGCAGUUCCCUUCUCAAUGGGUAGAUCAGACAUGGUUUUAGAGU